UAAGCAAGGGGGGCAAGAAGUGGUGCGUUAUGGUCCGGCAUCUAUUGCCACCCAGUCUCCUUCCGAGACCGCGCCGCCCCGGUUGAUCGCCAUCGCCACCAGCGAGAUCAAGAACUUGCACGGCGGGGCCCCGGCCGCGAUGGCCCCGUCGUUGCUGAACCCGACGCAUCGGUACGCGGCGGGCGCUCUGCUGGCCCUCGCCCUCCGCCAGGCCCAGAUCCACCAGACCCGCCCCCUCGGCUACGACGACCCCGACCCCGACGCACAGGGCCGCUGCAGCACCGGAAGCGCCACCAGCAGCGAGGGCGGUGGCGACGACCCCGAGCUCUGGACCCACGAGUCGUGCGGCCUUCUCCGCCCCGUCUUCAGGUUCUUGGAUAUAGACCCCAAAGCCUGGUCGGGCUUGGAGGAGACUGCGGCGUCCUCCAUGGCCAAGCAUCACAUAGGAGCGUACCUGAGAAUAAUAUUUGAAGAAGACAUUGAAAGUUCUUCAGAGAAGUAUGAGCAAGAACUAACUUUGGCCGAAGCGGUUGAUGCUAUGGCAGUGAGCUUAGAAGCUGCCUGUUCUUCAGGUGGGACAUCCGAGGAGCAUCACAAUUAUGAUAAGGAAUAUCAUGAUAGAGCUAUGACACCCAAGGAGACACAUCACAAUCGUGAUAAGGAAUAUCAUGAUAGAGCUACAUUGGGUUCGUCCAGUGGGAACUUUGAUGGGAUAUCAGAAACUUCUCAGACUUUGGAAGGGAGAAAUUCCAAGGUGUCAUUCAAAGUGGAGAAUGAUGAAACAACAAUCAUACAAGACACUCCUUAUUAUCGUCAGCGUAGAAUGGUAUUGCUAUAUGAGCUUCUUUCAGCAUGUGUGGCUGAUACACCUCAAGACAACAAAAAAGUUUCUCAGUUUCGAAAGGGCUAUGAUGCUCGACAUCGUGUUGCCCUACGGUUGCUAGCAACAUGGCUUGAUGUCAAGUGGAUCAAAGUGGAAGCUAUGGAGAUCAUGGUCGCUUGCUCUGCAAUGGCUGCAGCUAAAGAGGAAGUCCAAUCCCAAGAAAGUGAAUCUACAAAGAGUAAAUGGUCUAAAUGGAAGCGUGGUGGCAUCAUAGGUGCAGCUGCAUUGACUGGAGGAGCCUUGUUGGCUAUAACUGGAGGUUUAGCUGCUCCAGCAAUAGCUGCAGGGUUUAGUGCUUUAGCUCCCACAUUAGGGACACUUGUCCCUAUUGUUGGAGCAAGUGGAUUUGCAGCCAUAGCUAGUGCUGCUGGAUCGGUGGCUGGUUCUGUAGCUGUUGCUGCAUCCUUUGGAGCUGCUGGAGCUGGACUAACAGGAAGCAAAAUGGCUAGAAGAAUUGGAGGUAUUGAAGAAUUUGAUUUUAAGCAAAUUGGAGAAAACCAUAAUCAGGGUCGCCUAGGAGUUGGUAUCUUUGUAUCUGGAUUUGUUUUCCAAGAGGAAGAUUUUGUAAGGCCUUGGGAAGGACCAAAAGAUAACUUGGAGAGAUAUGUCCUCCAAUGGGAAUCUAAGAACUUGAUCUCUCUGAGCACUGCAAUCCAGGACUGGCUUACGUCAAGGCUGGCGAUGGGGUUGAUGAAACAAGGUGCGAUGAUGACUGUGCUAAGCACUCUUAUAACUGCACUAGCAUGGCCUGCUACCUUAAUUGCCGCUACAGAUUUUAUUGAUAGCAAGUGGUCAAUUGCUAUUGACAGGUCAGAUAAGGCGGGAAAGCUCCUGGCGGAAGUGUUAUUAAAAGGAUUGCAGGGAAAUAGGCCAGUCACACUAAUUGGCUUUUCGCUAGGAGCCCGUGUUAUAUACAAGUGCUUGCAGGCAUUGGCAGUUUCAGGGGAUAAUGAGGGACUUGUAGAAAGAGUUGUACUCCUCGGUGCACCUCUGUCGGUCAAAGGUGAGCAGUGGGAUAUCGCGAGAAAGGUAGUUGCGGGGAGAUUUAUAAAUGUAUAUUCGACGAAUGACUGGAUACUCGGAGUGGCUUUUCGUGCAAGUUUGUUCUCGCAGGGCUUGGCCGGAAUACAACCCAUUGAUAUUCCCGGAGUUGAAAAUAUCGACGCGACCGACUACAUUGACGGGCACUCAUCUUAUCUUUGGACUUCGCGGCGCAUUUUGGAGCAACUGGAACUUGAUGCUUACUUUCCCGUUUUCUCCCACCUUCCCGUCAACAACCCCGAUGAGCAGGGAAUCCAGACUAAGGGUGAUUAGGCUUCGUGAAUUACGCUGACGGCUUGUGAAUAAGAAGAUUCCACAAAGGACUUUACAUAAACUGCUUUUAUAGAAUUUAAUAUUUAUAAAGAUUAUAGAAUCAAAUAUCAAAAAAUUACAUUCAUUUAAAUGUUGAAUAUUUACUUGAGCACAAGAUGAGUUAUUUU